GCAUGGGUCAAAUUAAGAAUGUAGCUCAGCAGUUUUUGGAUGAAACAGAUUAAAAUACACUUCUCAAAGCCUGCUAUAGCCAGAAGAUAUAGUUCAUCUUCUGGAAUAAACUUCUGUCUCUUGUUUUUUUCUGGGCAUCUCUGCAGAGACUGAAUGAGAAGACAGCUUUGCAGGUACCUGCCAAGAUGUUCCAUUUACAAGGCCCACAACUGCUGCAGAUGUUAGAGAAAUCCUUGAGGAAGAGCCUCCCUGAGUCCUUAAAGGUUUAUGGGACCGUCUUCCAUAUGAACCAGGGAAACCCAUUCAAGCUAAAGGCCCUGGUGGACAGGUGGCCUGAUUUUAAUACAGUGGUUAUCCGCCCUCAGGAGCAGGAGAUGGCAGAUGACUUUGAUCACUACACCAACAGCUACCAAAUCUAUUCUAAGGACCUCAAGAGCUGUCAAGAAUCCCUUAGCACGUCAGACGUCAUCAAUUGGAAACAACAUUUGCAGAUCCAAAGUUCGCAGCCCAGUCUGGAUGAGGUGAUUCGGAAUCUUGCAACCCCUAAAUUCGUUAAGGUCAAGCAAACACAAUGCAUUCUCUAUGUGAUGCCUGAGACAGCGAGGAAACUGCUUCCUUCCCUGCCGGAGACAAAGAACUUACCUGCUGAACGUGCCAGACCCAAAGCCAUUAACCAAGAGAUGUUUAAACUCUCACCACUGGAUCCUGCCCACGCGGCCUUGGUGAAUAAAUUCUGGCAUUUCGGUGGCAAUGAGAGGAGCCAGAGAUUCAUCGAACGCUGUAUCCAGGCCUUCCCCACCUUCUGCCUCCUGGGGCCCAAGGGGACCCCUGCGUGCUGGUCCCUGAUGGACCAGACAGGAGAGAUGCGGAUGGGGGCCACCCUGCCAGAGUGCCGGGGCCAGGGUCUCAUCUCACAUAUGUUGUUUGUCCACACCCAGGCUCUGGAGAAACUCGGCUUCCCCGUAUAUAACCAUACAGACAGAGCCAACAAAAUCAUACAGAAAAUUAGUCACACUCUGCAUCAUAUCCCCAUGCCCUAUGGUUGGAACCAGUGGAACUGUGUGCCUCUGUGAAGCAGCCCUGAACUCAAGACAGUGUUGGCUCCGCUGGUCUCGUGUCAAGAGAUGCAGUGGGGUGGGCAGAAAGAAAGAAUAAAUUGUAAUCAGCAGAAAAGUUGUGUGUGUUGUGUGUUGUUUGGGCUCUGGUGGAAGCAGUCUGAACGGCCAUCAGAUCCACCAGGGUGCCUACUCACACAUCAUUCAAGAACUUCCCUUUGGGUCCAGCAGAUCUUCCUAUUUCCUCCACAUUCCAACCCUGGCAACCACCGUUCUAUACUGUGUUUCUGUGAGUUCACCUUUUUUUUUAAGGUCCCGUGUAUAAGUGAUGUCAUGCAGUAUUUCUGUUUCUGUCUGGUUUAUUUUACUGGCUCACAGUUUUCUUUCAAUGCAGGUGGCUAAUAAAGAAUGUAUCCAUAAUCAAAGAAUAAAUGCAACCCACUAUUCUAGUGGUGCCAUUAUUCUUCUUUCCAGCUCCAUCAUGUUUAUCUCUAUUUAGAGUGUGUAAAUGGAGUGUAAAGCAAGAGAACUUAUGUAGCUUGUCAUACCACAGUAGCAGGACAAUUUAACAUCUUGUUAUCCAGAAACA